AUGAAAGCUAGAGAAGCUUCAAAAGGUGGCGAGUUAAGCAUGUCGGAGAAGCAGUCUCCGAACGGAGGUGAAGUUAUAGUGGAAUUUCAAAGAGAAGAGACCAAUGAAGCAAAGUGGUCUUCUUCAAAGGGCUCAGAAUCUUCAGCUCCCAAGCAAAGCAAGGUGACCACUGGGUCUAGUGGUACUGGUUUCUCUAAGCCAGUUUCACCGGAUAUUUCAAGAGCCAAUCCCUACUCAGGUAAACCUCCAAGAGCCCCCAACCGCAAUGAGAGCAUCAAUAGGAGAAAGUCAUUUAACAGGUCAGUUACUAAACCCAAGUCAAGAUUUGGUGAACCAUCGCCUGUUAUGUAUGAGGAUGGUGGUUUAGAUCAGGUUGGUGCAAGUUCCCCUUAUAGGAGUUCAUUUAGUAAGGGUUCCCCCUAUAACCUAUCGGGAGCUAAGGCUACAUCCAUCUCUUCGGCUAAGAAUGCGCCGGCAUCUCCGGGCAGGACUAAUGAAAAGGAGGAUGAAGAGAUUUACAAGAAGGUUAAAUUGAGUAGAGAUAAGCGUGGGAAAGUGAACAAGAAACUCUUGGUUGAGUUGAUUGUAUUUCUAUGCAUUUUGAGUUGUUUACUGGCUAGCUUGAUUGUCCAUGAGCUAAGGCAUUCUAUGGUUUGGGGAUUGGAGAUUUGGAAAUGGUGUGUGCUUGUCAUGGUGAUAUUUAGUGGUAUGUUGGUUACCAAUUGGGUUAUGCAUUUCAUAGUUUUUUUGAUCGAGUGCAACUUUUUGCUUCGGAAGAAGGUGUUGUAUUUUGUUCAUGGAAUGAAGAAGAGUGUUCAGGUUUUCUUGUGGCUGUCUCUGGUUCUUCUCACAUGGCUGCUGUUGUUCAACCGUGGGGUUGAGAGGUCAGAGGCUUCCACCAAGAUAUUGAAAUAUGUUACAUGGACUAUUGUUUCAGUUCUCAUUGGCGCAUUUUUAUGGUUGUUGAAAACAUUGUUGCUCAAGAUCUUGGCAUCUAGUUUCCAUGUUAACACCUUCUUUGAUAGAAUUCAAGAAUCAAUCUUCCACCAGUACGUGCUUCAGACACUGUCGGGGCAUCCACUUAUGGAGGAGGCUGAUGGGAGUGGUGGGAGAUCACCAAGCACUAGCAAACUGAGUUACAGAGCGACUAAGAAAGCAAAAGCAGGGAAGGAGAAAGAGGUCAUUGACAUGACAAAGCUUCAAAAGAUGAAGCAAGAGAAGGUUUCAUCUUGGACCAUGAAGGUAUUGGUGGAUGCAGUUACUAGUUCAGGGCUGUCCACCAUCUCUCAUACAUUGGAUGGGGUGGACGGUCUAAAUGCACAAAGAGAUAUUGAGAUUACCAGUGAGAUGGAAGCAACUGCUGCUGCCUAUGACAUAUUCCUUCAUGUCGCACCGCCUGGUGCCAAGUACAUAGAGGAGUGGGAUCUCUUAAGGUUCAUGAUUGAGGAAGAGGUUGAUCUUGUGUGGCCGCUGAUUGACGUAGCAAAGACUGGACAAGUUGACAGAAAAACUCUAACAGAGUGGGUGAUAAAGGUGUUCAAUGGUCGUAAAGCACUAGCACAUUCCCUAACAGAUACCAAAACAGCCGUGAAGCAAUUGAACAAACUUGUCACUACCGUCUUGGUUAUUAUCACCACUGUAGUGUGGCUUCUGUUGGUGGAAAUUGCAAAUACAAAAGUACUCGUCUUCCUCUCAUCACAGCUCGUACUGGCAGCUUUUAUGUUUGGGAACACUUGCAAGACUAUAUUUGAAGCUAUUAUCUUUGUAUUUGUAAUGCAUCCAUUUGAUGUUGGCGAUCGCUGUGUUGUUGAGGGUGAGGAGUUGAUGGUUGAGGAGAUGAACAUCUUAACUACAGUCUUCUUGAAACUCAAUCAAGAGAAGGUAUACUAUCCGAAUUCAGUUCUAUCUACGAAACCCAUCAGCAAUUAUUACAGAAGUUCAAACAUGGGUGAUAUUGUGGAGUUCUCAAUUGCUUUUACUACACCAGUGAAGAAGAUAGGCCAGCUGAAAGAGAAAGUACAAGAGUAUGUGGAGGGGAACCCAACACUUUGGCAUCCAAACCAUGCGGUGGUGGUGGUUGAGAUCGAAAAUAUGAAUAAGCUAAAGAUGGCCCUCUAUUUUUGUCACACUAUGAACUUUCAAGAAUGGGUUGAAAAGCAAAAGCGCAGAAGUGAAAUGGUCAUGGCGUUGAAGAGAUGUUUCGAUGAGCUACAGAUUACGUACUAUCUACUGCCCCUUGAAGUUCGUCUCACUGAAACAAAUGUCACCAAGAAAUGA